GAGAAGCGCGUCACCACCGGCUGACUGUUCGGCGCCCGAGAGAAGCGCGUCACCACCGGCUGACUGUUCGGCGCCCGAGAGAAGCGCGUCACCACCGGCUGACUGUUCGGCGCCCGAGAGAAGCGCGUCACCACCGGCUGACUGUUCGGCGCCCGAGAGAAGCGCGUCACCACCGGCUGACUGUUCGGCGCCCGAGAGAAGCGCGUCACCACCGGCUGACUGUUCGGCGCCCGAGAGAAGCGCGUCACCACCGGCUGACUGUUCGGCGCCCGAGAGAAGCGCGUCACCACCGGCUGACUGUUCGGCGCCCGAGAGAAGCGCGUCACCACCGGCUGACUGUUCGGCGCCCGAGAGAAGCGCGUCACCACCGGCUGACUGUUCGGCGCCCGAGAGAAGCGCGUCACCACCGGCUGACUGUUCGGCGCCCGAGAGAAGCGCGUCACCACCGGCUGACUGUUCGGCGCCCGAGAGAAGCGCGUCACCACCGGCUGACUGUUCGGCGCCCGAGAGAAGCGCGUCACCACCGGCUGACUGUUCGGCGCCCGAGAGAAGCGCGUCACCACCGGCUGACUGUUCGGCGCCCGAGAGAAGCGCGUCACCACCGGCUGACUGUUCGGCGCCCGAGAGAAGCGCGUCACCACCGGCUGACUGUUCGGCGCCCGAGAGAAGCGCGUCACCACCGGCUGACUGUUCGGCGCCCGAGAGAAGCGCGUCACCACCGGCUGACUGUUCGGCGCCCGAGAGAAGCGCGUCACCACCGGCUGACUGUUCGGCGCCCGAGAGAAGCGCGUCACCACCGGCUGACUGUUCGGCGCCCGAGAGAAGCGCGUCACCACCGGCUGACUGUUCGGCGCCCGAGAGAAGCGCGUCACCACCGGCUGACUGUUCGGCGCCCGAGAGAAGCGCGUCACCACCGGCUGACUGUUCGGCGCCCGAGAGAAGCGCGUCACCACCGGCUGACUGUUCGGCGCCCGAGAGAAGCGCGUCACCACCGGCUGACUGUUCGGCGCCCGAGAGAAGCGCGUCACCAACGGCUGACUGUGCGGCGCCCGAGAGACACAGUGUGAACGAGGCUGACUGUGCGGCGCCCGAGAGACACAAUGAGAACGAGGCUGACUGUACGGCGACCGAGAGAGACAGUGUGACCGAGGCUGACAGUGUGACAGCCGGGAGACGCAGCCGUUCAAAAUCACCUAAAGGAAUGUCAAAUGCUGAUUCCUUAGCAGCUGCACGUGAAGAUAUACACCAUUCCAAGACUUUAGAAAGCCAUUAUGCAUUUAAUGAAAAUAUGAGUAAAUCAAAUGCAAGAAUAAUUGCUAACCUGAAUGAGCUCGGACAUAGUGAAGCUGGCAGCGUAGCGACAGACGAUACAGCAGAGAGCAGUACUGGAAUGUCAUCGGUUGAUUCAAUUUCAGAAGGCAAUGAAAGCGAAACUACUAUCGUGAAUAAACCCCAGAGAAAUAAUUCUGAUGGAAUCCUGAUCAAAAGUUCAUCUAAUACCUUCGAAGCUGCAAGCGAUCCAUCUGUGAAAAUAAAUGAUAAUCCCACGAACGAUGGAGGACGCCGGAUGAAGAAUAAGCGCAAACACAAGUCGAAGACUCGGCGCUAAGGUUAUAUUGGGUUAUGAUUUAUCUAAUUUUGCUUAAAUUCAUAUGUUGGACAAUAUUUUCACAAACCAAUGCCCACGCAUUAAAUCUUACAUUUAUGAUUCAUCGUGCGUUUGCCUUUACCGAGUGUAAAUUUACGCGACCGUUUGAAACUAAGAAAAUUUUUGUUCCAUUUUCCUUGGUGUGCUAGUAGAUUUUUAUCUCCGAAAAUAGGUAAAAAAGGCCUCAAUAAAUUGACGUAAUUGAUUGCAUUUAUUUAUUGCAGAAUUUAGUAGUUAGCUGGAAGCGUCGUUUAUUCGCUUGGAUAAUUAUACAAAUUCAGUAGAAAUUUUAAUUUGAUCGUUCAUGUCGCCUUCUAACAAGGAACCACGAACUUAAGAAAUUAUUCAUUUAAAUUCCGUAGUUGAUAGCACAAAUAUUCAGAUUCCGGACGAGUUUGAGUAAACAAGAACUAAAUUUUAAGCAAAUACUCUAUCAUCUUAAGCAGGAAUGCUAGAAUCAAACUAGGCAAUAUCAAUGUUCACAAGCACUAUUGGUAAGUAACAAUAAUUAAUCGCGUUCAAAUCUAGAAAUCAUGAUCGAAAUUUAUUUUGCGGUCCGUAACUUCACCAAUUUAUAAACUCACUCCAUCUUACUGCCGAUAGUCGAACCAAUUGUUCAGUUACGUCUCUUCCGACUGCACAGGGUGCUUGUGCACUGCAGCUCCCUCCGUGGCAAUGAGUGAGACUUCCAGGAACGAACUUACGAAGUGUGGCCUUCCCAUGUGGGGCGAGGGUGGAGGGGUGGCUGUCGAUUCGUGAGACACAGCCCGAGGCAUGAGCAGACUAGCUUCAUCUCUCUUUGCGUGCUGGUUUAUGCAGCUUCGCUCUAUUAAUCACGUAGCAAUGUAUUGCGUAGUAAUAGUUAACUUACUGACACUUUUCCAUUAGUGAACUUCUUAAUAGUUGAGUGUGUUAAAUCAAGUUCAAAUAUGACGUGUCACCGUGUGAUACUCAAUUACGAAAAAGUGGUAGAUAUCAUUCAGGAUAUUGUCAGGUACCAAAGCAAUUCGCACGGUAGUUUGUAAAAUCUUGCCCUGAAGGGUUCAAUUCUACCCCGAGGAAGUCAUGGGACAGGCUGUUCCUGAAUGUUACAACUCGCUCCUCGAUCAGUUAGGACGUGUCGAGGUUGUCGUCAUUCCCACCCCGCACAGCGGUGCUGACACUGGAUGUGAGACGUGGGUGGUGUCAUCCUCCGCGUAAUAUUGAUCGAUAGAUACCGGCCCACUUCAGCCACGGAGUUUUGAUACACAGUUAUACAGCAGACCAGUGAUUUUCUGUAAUUAGUUUAUUAGAAACCUUGAUUUUUGUAUUGUGAUUACAGCUACGUGUGUGCGUGUGACUAGUUAACCAAAUUCUACUUAUUGUUAUUGUGACGCAAACAUGUCAAGCAUUGCUGUGAUAGGACAGAGGUUGUCAAUAUAGUUAUCAUUAUUUUGAACGGUGAAAAUAAUUAACUUGGGAAUUUCAUUUUAUUCUCAGUCGCAGAAAAGGACUAAAAUUUGAGCUCCAGUCUCCAAUAUUAUGGCUCUCCCUCCGACUACUUAUAACCUGACCCUUAUAGGUGCGCCCAUGAUGGGACAGCCUAAUGUUUUUCACAGUAUUCCUGAUUUUAUUCAGUUUUCCAACACAACCAGAGUUCAGUUCUCAGAACACUUGAUCACCUCGGUCUUAAAUUCGACUGAAGAAACCAAUUUGCAGUCUAUCAUCGCACCUAUUCAAUCCCGAAUCUUCAACAUUUCUACAAAACAUUCGAAUAUUGUUAGUCGAAGAAGCUCACGAGGACAUCAUAAGCAGUCAUCAAUCACUAAGAGGUCACACAAUUCAAGGAAAGGUCGACCUAAGCCAGAGACGAGCUCAAAGGUUGCAACAACUUCAGCAGCGUUUACCACAGAGAGUACGACAGAUGCAGCAACGACUGAAGAAUUGGCCGCAGCUCUUGACUUAGAUGCCGGCCAUUUUCAACUGCCCAUUGAUAACAAUAAUUCAGUCCACCUUGGAGGACACGUGCCGAUCAUGGACACCCGCAGCCCGGAGCACGCAGAUCCUUUCGAGUCGAGUCGCGUGCGCGGUCCCAUAGCAGUUAAAAUUCUGAACGACUCAGAGCCUCCCGUGGUGGUGCAUCCGCGGAUGACUUUACAUAGCCCUUCUCCGGACGCCAUCAUGCAACUUCCGGUGUUGUGGACAGCGCUGAGUCUUGCUCUGGGCGUGGAGGUGCAGGGCGAGAUCGUGCGUGGACUGCCGUGCAUCAAGCGUCUAAACCAGCUCUUCUGCCGCAACGCCGGCACCUCUUAUCCUUCCGAAAACAUUGAAAGUUUCAUCGAUGAGAACAAAGCCCUCACUCGCAGGAUGUACGGUGACUUCCAGAGCGAAUUGGGACUGGGCGAGAUCGUUGAGAGUGCUAUUCGAUCCUUCCGCAUGGGAAGGUCUGUCGGGGACGAACCUUUACCGGCUCCACAAAACUCCACUGGCAUCUUCGCUAGUAACUUGAACGACAUUCUACUGAACCUCGAAGAGAAUAUUGAAGAUUUUCCUGGAGCUGACACCAUCUCGACGUACCUGGGUCCUGGUUUCUACAGCACCUUCUAUGACGAGGUCGUCAACAGGACACGUCGUCAGGCAGCUCCUGCAGGAGGCAAUAGAAGACCUAGUGUACCUAGUGUUCCUAACCCUCCCACCAGCACAUCUAACAGCAACAGACUUGACUCGUGCAACAGCAAGAUGGAGAUCGUCACCCCCUACUGGGCCAGCAACUCUGCUGGCAAGAUCCUCGCCAUCGUCAACCUCAGCGAGUUUUCUCAAGUCAUCCACCAGGAAGUUUGCACGAGAUCGUCAACGAAGCGUUGCAACGGCGACUGCGGUUGCGAGCAGAAGUACAAGUGGCAUCGAAUGCUCGCCUAUGAUCUGGAGAACGAGUGCAAAGGCAUCUUUGUCGACUGGUUCUUAUUCCCGUCUUGCUGCGUUUGUCGAUGUGACCCUUAGAAUCCCUGACGUCUUGACCCUUAGAAUUCCUGGCGUCUUGACCCUUAGAAUCCCUGGCGUCUUGACCCUUAGAAUCCCUGGCGUCUUGACCCUUAGAAUACUUGGCGUUUUGACCCUUAGAAUCCCUGACGUCUUGACCCUUAGAAUCCCUGACGUCUUGACCCUUAGAAUCCCUGACGUCUUGACCCUUAGUAUCCCUGGCGUCUUGACCCUUAGAAUCCCUGGCGUCUUGACCCUUAGAAUACUUGGCGUUUUGACCCUUAGAAUCCCUGGCGUCUUUACCCUUUAACCCCUUCUUUCUUGCCCCUUAGAAUCACUGGCGUCUUGACCCUUAGAAUCCCUGGCGUCUUGACCCUUAGAACCCCUUCUGUCUUGACCCUUAGAAUCCCUGGCGUCUUGACCCUUAGAAUCCCUUACGACUCGACCCUUAGAAUGCCUGACGUCUUGACCCUUAGAAUACCUGGCGUUUUGACCCUUAGAAUCCCUGGCGUCUUGACCCUUAGAACCCCUUCUGUCUUGACCCUUAGAAUCCCUGGCGUCUUGACCCUUAGAAUCUCUUACGACUCGACCCUUAGAAUCCCUUACGACUCGACCCAUAGAAUGCCUGACGUCUUGACCCUUAGAAUACCUGACGUCUUAACCGUUGUGUCUCUAUCCUCGCCCCGCUGACAGUUUCAAUUUUAAUGAAAAAAUUGUCUAUUGAUAAGUUAACCAUUAUAAUGAUGUUCGGAUCUGGUAACUAGAGUUACCAUCUGCAGACAACGUAUAAUAAGUAAUAACGCAUAAAAUUUCCAAUAUUAGGUAGGUACUCUUUACAUUGGAUUUUAAUUGAAUACUUAAGCCAUAAGAGUUAAUAAUUGUUAAAAUUUAUUAUAUUUUCAUGACAUUGAGACGAAUUCACAUUUGCCGAAUAGAAUUCAUAGUGAACAUUAGUAUGUAGUUUUUCUUUUUAAAUUGUUAAUUCCAAUUUGCCAAAAAUUGAGCGACUAUAAACUUACAAUUACGAAAUGGAAUAGACUUCAGAUUUCUUGUGCCUAAUUUUUUAAAACUUUCUGCUCUAUAAGUAACGGUUGCUUUUUGAGGUUUCUGAUCACUUGUGUAGUGUUUUCCUUUUGUCAUUCAUUCAACGCAUCGAAUAAUGCUUCUUUAAGUUGAGGUUCAAAGACUAAUUUGUAUCGAAAUGAUCUAUGCAACUUGUUCACUUCUAUGUGAUUGAAAGCAGUUCAUAAGUUUAUGGUUAUCACUGAUUUUCAUUCUUUAAUGAGAUUGGGUCUUAUUUCUUGAGAUUUAAAUAGAAAUUUAGAUGUGACUCAGAUUAAAUCGUUUUUAUUGUGAUCUAGAGAAAAUUCUAUGAAUUCCAGUUAAAUAUGAUUAAACUUCCACGUUAUUUACAGAGAAUUACUUAUCAAAAUUAGCAAAGUUAUUUUAAUGUAGCUUUAGAAUCGAUUUAAUUGCGAGUUACCUACUAGGGUAUUACCUACUUGACACUAGUUAUUUUAUGUUGCUUCUUCUGACAAUGCGUGUGGGUGUUUAUCAGGUAUAUAACUUUUUAUUUACUUAGAAGUUCCCAAAAAUAUUUGUAUCUUUUCAAUGUUGGUGUAACGAGUGCUGAAUUCAUUAUUUGAAAUUUCUGAUCAAUGUGUAGUUAUUGGAAUGAUUCGUUGAAAAUUCAUAAAGAUUGUGCAGAGUGUAAAAAGCUUGUUCUAUUAAUAAUUGAAAGCAAUAGAAAAAUUCUAUUAACUCGUUGUCUACCAACAAGUUACCAUAGAUUUAAGUUAAAAUUAGUUUAUUCACUUUCAACGAGGAAGGUAUUGAUAAAUCAAGCGUACUGUAAAUAACGAUCAAAGCUACAGUAUAUCCCCAUAUAGGUAUACACUGACUUCACUUGAAAGUCUCACAAGCACAUGAAGAACAAUCUUGUAGGACAACAUUAGCAACAUAGUGAUUCGCCAGAUUUGAUAACGUAUAAUUUUUUUAAUUUUUUUAUUUUUGUGACUGAUGAAAGCAUUGCAUCAAUGUGACUUGUUGAAUAAAAGAAAACUUUCCAUGUGCAUAUAUAUAAGAAUUUAGACGACGGUGGUAGGUUGUCUGAAUUGUCUACUAAUUAAGUAAGAUGUUAUAGGCCUGCGCGGACACCAUUGAGUGAGGAACAAUGUUACCGUUUUUAUGAUUGUUUCAACAGUAGAAUUGGUCACUGGUUAAUUUUUUGUUGUUCAAACUUCAAAAUCUGUAAUUUACUUGCCGGAGACCUAUGAAUAUAUACGCUGUGUAUUUUUUACUCUUAUACAAUAAAGGGACUAAAUUGAAACUUUAA